GUCCACAGGGCUGGGUGUAUCCAGUGGCUGGGAAGCGGUAGCAAUUAACUACGUGGUAGAACGUACAGGAGAGGGAAGUGUCAGAAAGCGCGUGGCGGGAUUUCGGAGACGCGCGCUGCGGGGGCGAUUCCGGGACGAGCUCGGGGAUUCGGAGACGCACGCUGGGGGCCCAGGAUCGCGCGCGUAUGCGCGCGGAGAGGGUGGAGCCCGAGCCCUGGCAAGUGUAGUGUUGCUGCGUGAAGUGCUUCUACAGACAGCAGAGAGAGAGAGACACGGAAGUGAGUGGGACCUGUUGACCCAAUGCUGCAAACCUUGAGUGAGUGAAGUGGGCAGCGGAAAGGCGGCUUGACACAGGUGUGUGAGAUAAGGCAGGAUGAAGAAGAAACACUCUAAGACAUAUGAUGAGGAUGGCACUCUCUGCUGCUGUGAGUACAUUAAUCACCAUGGAGAGAAAACUCACAUACUGGCCAGCUGUUGUGACUGUGUGGACCUGGAUGAAGCCUGUGACAGGUGUUUGAAGGGAAAAUCUGUCAGUUCACAGACCAUUGAACGAAUAACAGACACAAUUUCUGACCGUCUCCGGAUCCCAUGGCUGUUUGGUACUGGUGCCAAGAAGAUUGAUAUCACAAUACUUCCGCCUCUUGUUUUCCUUCCAAUCUUCCUCCAUAUCGCAGCCCUUCAUAUCUUCUUGGCGUUUAUCAUUUUAACGUCCUUACCAAUGCUAUUGAUCUGGUAUUAUUAUAUCACUCACCAGAAGAAAGGGCGCACUCUAUUUUUUCUAAGUCUUGCCCUGUUUUCUCUGGGCUACAUGUACUAUCUAUUCCUGACUGAAAUAAUGCCUAAAGGAAACAUUAGCUUUGUACACUUAAUCGUGCUCACUUGUGGUUUGGUAUUGACACUUGUAUGUUUAGCACAUGUCAAGAAGGAUCCAGGCUACCUCAGAGCAGACAACAGAAGUGCUCAAAACAAUGGUGUUGAGACAAAUAACAUUUUGUCAUACAGUUUGAAUGGUAUACACCAAGUUCAGCAGAUGGACUGGGACAGUUCCACAAAAUGGAAUCAAUUUGGCCAAAAUGGCAAGCUACAGUCAGGACAUAAUGAAUAUGGAAAGAACUGGUGUACGGUAUGCAAGAUUGUAAGACCACCUCGUUCAGGACAUUGUCGAAUCUGUGCAUCUUGUGUACAAAGGCUGGACCACCAUUGUGUUUGGAUUAACAGUUGUGUAGGUGAAGCCAAUCACCGUGCAUUUAUUCUGACCCUCUUUGUUUUCCUCCUGACCUCCAUGUAUGGAAUCAGUCUGACUCUGGACACUAUAUGCAGCGGGCGAAACAUCUUCAUAGCUUUAUUCUAUUGUCCUGGAGUCUACAAUGAGCACAGCACGGCACUGUCAUUUACCUGUGCCUGGUAUUGCACAAUAGUCACUGCAGGGAUGAGUUAUCUGCUCCUCAUCCAGCUCAUCAACAUCAGUUGCAACAUCACAGAAAGAGAAACACGCUUUGCUUUGAGAGACAAAACUGGAGACAAGUACCUCUACGGACUAAUCAUAAAAACCGACGAGUACAAUCAAGGGCUUGUUAACAACUGGAAAGAGUUCCUCAAAGUUCAGCCCAAUCGUGUGAAGACAGCCAUUGAAGAUUUUGUAUAAUGUGUCUGAUUUGUUUUAUUCAAGGGAUUACCUAUAUACUCAUUUAUAACUCCACAUGUGUCAAUAUGUCACAAUGGUUAUGUGUUAAACUCAUUGUCUUCCACCAAAACAACUAAUAGUUUUUGGAGUAAACUAUUUAAAUAGCAAAUGAGUAGAAAAUAAAUCUGUCAAACUGGAAAAAAAAUUGUAUAUUUUCCAUAAUGUCUAUCAGGAUUGGUUUCCACGUGUGGGAUGUUGUUUAUCCAAAUUUGCAUUUUACAAGCACAAGACCCCAGUAUUAUGUCAAUCGAUGUGCAUUUUACUGGCUAUGCAACAAUCUGUUUUUCUAGUGUUGGUGAUGUGAUUGGGACAGUCUGGCAGGAAUGUUUUUGGAAGGUAAAAAGCCAUUUGGUGGGAGAACUAAAGCUGUGUAUGAGAUAAAGAGAAAGAAAAUGAGCAUUGAAUACAAUAUAUAAUGAGACAGUGAAAAUGAAGAUGACUGAAUGUAUAUAGUGAAAAUCAAUGAGAAUGAAGUGGUCAGGAUGGGGUGUAUGGUGGUGACUGGUUGGGUAGAACUGAAAUCUAGUUAACAUGCAUAUAAAAUAUAGUCUUUGAUUUUAAUAUUUAAAAAAAAUAUUGGGUACCUUAAGAGCGCGAGCUUACUUUAUUAAAGAUUGUCACCCAGUGGAGAAAAGCAGUUGAAAUUUAUGGUGAAGUUAAAAUUCGAAUAACACUGCUUCGGGAGUUGCACAGUUGGGUUCAUGGCAGUGUAGUAAGAGGGGAAAGUGCUUUAGAUUAAAUUCUUAAUAUUUUGUUUGAGCUUCAACUUUUCAGAUUCAAAAUUUCUAAAUCUUGUUUUCCUUGGACCAAUAAUACUCUUCUUAUAUUACAAUGUGAACUCAGGCUUGAAGCAGUCCAGAACACCCCAUAUAGUGUAACCAAAUCAGUGUUCUUAACUAUGUUAAUUUAAUGUAAACUCAUCCAAGGAUGGUAUCCAGUGGUAAAGCUAUAUGCUGUUAACAGCUAUCUUGGGUGAAUCGGUAUUGAUGCUGCCUCAUCUGUACUUGCAGUUGGCCCUCUCAAUUUUGAAGAGAACUAAGGUGCAAUACUGUGCAGUACAGCCUGCUUCAUCUGCAUAAGCACAUGUUCAGUCAAGAUAGCUGAGAAUGUGCUGGCCUAAGAGAUAUCAGUCCCUUUCCAAUAUCUGAGUUGACUGGAUAACUCUAGAAGUUGUGCUGGAGCUGACAAUAUGAAUACAUAGAUUUUUCCUGGUUUCAGUGUUGUGGGAAGUGGGACAAGGCAUAUAUACAGAAGCAAAUAACUAUGGGUGCUGGAUAUCUGAAAUUAAAACAGAAUAUUCUGGAAAUUCUCAGGUUCGGCAGCAUCUGUGAAGAGAGAAACAGUUAACUUUUUAGGCUGUUCUUUCAUCAGUACAUCAUCAUUGAUAUGAAACAUGAACUCAUGUUUCUCUCUCUACGUAAGCCACAUGAACUGCUCAGCAUUUUGUUGAUUUAGGUAUUAUUACCAAUGCUGGAUUUACACUAAUACUUGCAUUAAAGCAUUAAACAGCCUACAUUUAAAAAAAAAAAUUCAAAGGAGAAAAUAGUCAGUGAUUGCUGUGAAGAAAUCUGUAUCAAUUUUGUCACCAGAUGUAAAUAUAUAUUUUUAAAAACAUCCAGUAUCUUUAACAUUUCAGAAAACAUUAAAUAUAAAGUUCUCAAUUUAAGACAUUCAAUAUUUCUGAAUGAGUAUAUGUUCUGUACACAGUCUUAUUGUAAAUUAUUGCUUGGCCCGAACAAGAUUUGUAACUUUUAGCAUUAAAAAAAGGUUUAAGAAA